AUGGACGAUGUGUAUGAUUUGGAUAGUAUAAAUGUGGAGCUUGAUUAUUUUAAGAGAAAACUAAUUUCCCAAUGCAGAGAUGAAUUUUUGAAUAUAUUAUGUGAAGAAGAUGAUGAUAAUGAUGCAAAUGAUGAUGCUCAAGCUCAAAAUAAUGCUCAACCUCAAAUCCACAACCAAGAAUUGGACUCAGAGUACGUGCAAAGUAAUAAUGAAGAAGAUAUUGAGGAUGAUUUCAAGUAUUCCAUCCACAACCCAAAGGUGAAAUGGAACUUAAUGAAACCAGUACUUGGUGAAAGGUAUGAAUCCCCACACGAGCUCAAAUGGUGUAUAACUAUCUAUGCUAUUAGUAAAGGGUUAUCAAAUUCGUUUCAAAAAGUGUGA